GGAGCACGACUUCGCAGCACGACUAGCUGUCUAGGAGUAAUCUGAUCGUUCUGCUCUUCGUGGGAUAUUAAGACACGGACAAUUAAUUUUGUACAAGACGUACAAUUUGACUAAAGCGUGACAUCAGGUGUUCCUGUAUCGCCGUUUUACGGAUAUAAAUAGAGAUGGAGGAUAAGGUCAGCACUGGGAAUGCAGGCGCUGCGGUUGCCGAGGGCAACCCUACUCCAGCUAAGAAGAGUAGCAAGAGUAAGGCCAAGACAUCGCAGCAAAAGACAUCGCGACCACCAACCUCUAAAAUGGUAAUAGCAGCCAUAGAGAAGCUGAAGGAUCGCAAGGGUUCAUCUUUCCAAGCGAUUAAGAAGUAUAUUGUGGCAACCUACAAGAUCGACGCUGAGAAGGUUGCUCCAUUCAUUAAAAGAUACUUGAAGACCGCCGUUUCAUCGGGUGUUGUCGUUCAAACUAAAGGCAAAGGCGCCUCUGGAUCUUUCAAGUUACCGACAGACACAUCCAAACCUAAAUCCAAGGCUAAGGUCGAGCGCGUUACUAAAGCAAAGCCUAGGAAAGCUAAAUCAGUAGAGAAGAAAACUACAACAACGCGAAAGCCAGCUGCCACGAAAGCAACUACUGCUAGGAAAGCAACUACUAGGAAAGCUGCGGAGAAGCCAAAGCCUGCCCAAAAGAAAGCUGCUACCAAAUCGGAAAAGAGCAAAGCAGCCGCAGAAACAAAAACUCUAUCAAAGGCUAAGAAAGCCGUGAAAGCACCGGCAGCUAAGAAAGUUCGGGCACCCAAGCCGAAGAAAGCUGCCGCAACAAAGAGCGUAAAAGCCACAGCAAAGAAAUAAUUACGCUACAAAAGAUCGAUUUACAAUCGUAAUUUCCAUUGCAAUCAUUGGCCCUUUUCAGGGCCCCAUUCUUUUUGACAAGGAACAAUUUUUAUCACAAUAAGCAUCCUCUCGUCUUAUGAAAAAGCUACAUUUUAAUAUUAUAAAAUUAUCUUUUAAUUAAUACAUAUAUACAUACGUGUGCGUGUAUGUUGUUUCUAAUCUACAACUAUUUUUACACAACUUUUACUUUAUUAUUAUAGUAUUAUAUGUUUAUACAUAUGCAAAUAAUAUAAAGUAAAAUUGAUAUAAAAAUAAUUGUAUAUUACGAACAACACAUGUCAAAUAGAGCGUAGCAAAUUCUUAAGUAUUUAGUAUUUUUGUUUUCUCAGGUGCAGCUUUAAUACUUAAGCUUUUUUUUGUUUCACCUUUAUUCUGCUCUCCUGUGUCCUGUUAAAUAUGAAGAAUCUUCAAUAUAAUAUUAAUUUUAAUGAGCAUGUCGCUCAAAAUGAUCAUCGACACGUAUCUCAUUGUUUGUAAUACGAUAUUGAAUAUGUUUUCCAGGUGUUUUUGCAGGUUCAACUACAUUGGAAGGUAAAGAUACGUUAAAUACAUCAGCAGUGUAACUCAUCCAGCUUGCCGAGGUACUUAUAGCUUGAGAUUCAGUAUUGUAACUACCAAAAGAUGGUAAUAUGUAAAAUAAUUAAAAAUUUUUUAUGUAAAGUAUAUAAGAUUCAAGAGGUUGAAUUAUUCCAUAAGUUUGUAUCUCUUCGUUUGUAUUUAGAGAUAUUUCUAGACUCUCAUCAAUAUGUGUUUCAAAUUCUGAAAAUAGUAGUAUAUUAUCUAUACUAAAUAGAGAUAAAGAAAGAGUUAGCAAAAACAUUCAUGUUCCUCAGCAGCAGCUGAUAAUCUGCAAUUUAUUAUUAAUUAACCAUUGAGCCACUAAAUAUUUUAUUUUCAUGUUCUAUAGAUGUCUGAGUUAUUUAAAUUGCACAAAUAUCAAGGCUUGAUUUACUAUAACCCAACAAUUUCAAUAAAUAAAAUAAAUUGAAUAGAUCAGAUUUACUCGGAAAUAUAGUUAUUAUUUUCUUAUUUACAAAAUUAAUAAAACUUGUUAAUUGCGCAUACAAAUUAACGUCGAGUUUUAUAAAAUCACUGAUUACGACAGUAAUCAGUGUCGCUAUUUUUUAACUAUUCUCGACACGAAAGAGCCAAGGCUUCUUUCCUUGCAACCUUUGAGACCAGCUUCUACGAGUCUCCUUCUCGUAGUUCUAGCAGAAAUUGUUGAUCCUGUGCCUUCUGUGAAGGCAGCAGCUAACUCAGAAGAUGUUUUUUUCCGCUUUUUUAAUGAUUCACGAAUUAAUUUUCGAUCUUUACGUUUCGUAGUUAUUCUCUUUCUGCCUGUGCGUUUUCUAUUCGAAUGCGAAUUGAUCUCGACACGUUUGAUAUACAUAUUUUUUAAACAUUUCAAUACAAUAAAAAUUAACAAUAGAAUCAUUUCCAAGAAAUACUCGAAGAAUGCGUUAUAAAAGUGAGGGUGCCUAGUACUUUUGGCCAAGACUGUACUUACAAAGUCAGAAUUAUUUAAUGUCACAAAUAGAAAACAAUGAUAUCACUAACAUGAAAAGAAUGUGAGAUAUAACAUUAAUGAAUAACUUGUUCUUAUUAAAGUUUUAUCAUAUUAAAAUUAUGUUUAUGUACAUGUAUUAUUGUUAAUAUAAAAAUAGCCAU